AUGGCCCUACCCACAUUCUCCGGACUUAGGAAAGACUGGCCAGAGUUCAAGGCAGUCUGGAAGUCGAUGGCUGAGUCUGCAAGUUAUAAUAAAACUGCAUUAGCACACGAACUUAAGAACUCAGUUAAAGGAGAAGCCAAACACCGCAUCAAAUCUGUUUUUGUCACCAAGUCCGAAGCUUACGACAUCAUGUGGGAUAAGCUAGAGUGUCACUAUGGAGAUACUACUGCCAGUGUACAAGCUGCUUUGGAAGAUCUUCAAAGACUAAAACCUGUAAAAGAAGAAGAUUAUAAAGCUCUGUUUGAAUUAGUGGAUGAAGUUGAAUCUGCCUACAGUCAAUUGGAAGAGCUCAACCAGCUAAACACUUUAACCAUGCGAGAUGUAGACAACCUAACUGAUUUGUUACCUACCCAUCUUAAAGUCGACUGGAGACGAAAGUAUCGUGAUUUAUCGUCUGAGGAGAAGCUUCAACCAUUUACUCCGCUAAUGAAGUUCCUAGACAGAGAACGUUCAGUUGUGGCUCGUUUAGCAGAGAAUCAGCAUUCUACGGAAAGAGGAAAUGACAAUGCAAGAGGAUACAGCAAAACCUAUCAUGUUGAAAGAGGUGCAAAACACGGACAAAGAACCUACUACAAGUGUCCCUUCCCCACCCACAGAAAAGACACCAUAAAUCACACCACCGAACAGUGCAAAGAAUUCCAGAAGUUGUCCAUCAGCGGUAAAGAUGGCAGAUAUGAGUUGUUGAAGCAGGUAAACGCUUGUUUCAAAUGUUUUGGUAAUCAUAGGAAGCUUAACUGCCCCCCAAAACUCCCAUGUUCCUCAUGUGGAAGUGACCAACAUCAUUCCCUGCUGUGCAUCCCACCAAAGCUCCCAAAAGAUUCCGGGGAGAAAUCGAAAACUGGAGAUGAUGGGAACAAGGAAGUAGCAUCCUAUACCGUAGGAAGUGAUUCAAUGGCACUAUACCCUAUCCACCAAGCGACCAUUAGCGACAGUGGUAGAAAAGUGUCCGUCUUCUGUGAUGGAGGCUCUAACGCAAGUUAUAUCACUCAUCGUGCUGCGGAAAGAAUCAAAGCAAAGAAAGUUAAAAAAACUCUCUCUUGA